AUGUCAACGGACCUCGAUCCUGGUUGGGAGAAACAAAAGAGGGAUAAAUUCCCUGUUGUUUUGAAUGCGAAUGACUCCUCGGCAUUGCCUGGUGUUAAAUUUCUGUCAGAUUUGCUGAAGCCAAUUGAUGUCAAGCGCCAAACUGGUUUCAGUGAUAACGAUCUUCCCCAACCUUUCCGUAUGGCGAAAUCUUACGCUCAUGUCCCUCACGAGUUUCUCGCACCGGAUGGCUUCCCAAGCACGGGCAAUUGGCUUAAUCCCGCCUGCCAAUUUGCUGUACUUGGGCCUGAUGGGAUUUUGGGGAAAGGAAGACUUGUGCAAAGGGCUUUGGAUUACUUCCACGAGCAGGGUUAUGAAAAUGUACCCGACCCAAUGCCACUUUCUGUGAAGACACAUGGUGAUAAAAAAACCGGGACUCGCUAUCCUGCAAAGGCUGCCAUGUUCAUGGCUGCAAAGCAGGCCGAUCAGUCCGCCCACUCGGUGAAGAGAACUUUUGAUCGCAAGUUCACCAGGUUCAACGACCCAAUUCUACCAUUCAAAUCCCACGAAAGGACCAUGGAAAUCAUCUCAAAUCUCUAUACCGUUGUCACUCACGGUUGUGGACAAUUCGUUGAUCGGGAAUCAAAGAAGCUCAUCUGCACCUUUUCUUAUGAGGACUUGGAAUCUAUUACAUCUGAGGAACGUGAUGAACACCAAAAGGACGUAAAUACCAUAUUAAUGGCUACAAAGUUAUUCAGAAGGUUACCACUUCCUCCUAAAGAAACUAUCCUAAAUGCACCGGCUAUAUCGACUGCUCCUACAUCAUCUUCCAGGAUUAAAGUACCCUUUGCUGACGUAACGCAAGCUCUCAUGGACGAAACCCUGCCCCGGUGCCUAACUCCUUAUGAAAAUCAAACACCAUCCCCUCUUACUUCAUUGGCCUCUUCACCCCUAAGUUCUCUCCCACCUUUGGAAUGCGGGGAUACCGAAAUGAUUGAUGUUAUGGUUAAUGCCCCUUCCAAGGCCUCACCUGCUGAUCAUAUUCAUUCAUCACCACUCUCCUCAGUCGAUUCAUCGCCUCUAUCUUCACUCCCACCUUCGGAUUCCGAGGACACUGACAUGGAGGAUAUCGAGGAAUCCGUUAGGGAUCAUGCUGAAGACCCUACUACACAUUUAGAUCAGAGUUUGACCGCGGUGAAGCCCAAGAAAGCCAGGACAACGAAUGGAGCCCUUAUAGCGGGGAAGAUGUAUUGCUUUGGCCAAACUGUAGGCUAUUCGAGUGAUAUUCUAACUUCGCUCUAUAUCCCCUUCAAAGGGGCUUCGAAAUCACUAUACCGCCGUUUCCUCGAUAAUCUACCCGGCUUCGGCAGACGCGUGGGCGCACGAUUCCGAAGCUUCUGCGACCAAGGUUUCCAAAUUGCGCAUGAAGAGCUUAUUAAAUUAAAAGCACCCUCCAUGUCUUCUACUUCCAAGUUCCAUCCUUCAGGCCCACUGGACUUUGCAGCCAACUUCGCCUUUACGCUGGGCGGUUUCUACAAUAAGCCGCAUACUGACAACAAUAAGGGCAAGGUGUACUGUUUGUGGUAUCCUAUUGAUAGUGAGAGCGGCAAGAUCAUGACUCAAUGUGAAGGUUAUGAUCUUGGCAAUGGCUGGUUUGUGUUUCCUGAAUAUAGAUUUGCUUUCAACUUUGGCACAAAAUACGCCGUUCAAAUAGCAUGGAAUAGCAAGACCACUUUCCAUCACACGCUGCCCUCCCUGGAAAAGGAUGAUAUCAAUAAUGCUGGUCACAAAGUUCAUUACACGCGACUCGGUUGUUCAUCUCAGAUUACGCAAAAGAUGGCCCGCGCUUGCGCAAAGGCCGGAACUAAAGAACAAUUCAACCACAAGUCAAAUUGUGAGAGACACAUUAGGGAUGCUGAAGACAUCCUGAAGCUUAAAGAUAGGAACUGGAAAGUGUAG